CACGAUAAAUAGCGACAUGCUUUAUCCUAGUCGAUAUGGGGGGCGGGAGGCAACAAAACACGACUGUCUAUAUAUAGCGACUUGUCCUCAAGUCCGACUGGGUAUGCCCUCCCAAGCGCCCCGUCUCCUGUGUCACAACAAAGCAACGGGUUAAAGUAUUGUGAUCCUCAACCUUUUAGCCUCCAGUUGUACCGGCUGAGCUCCGUUAUGGGCGGCUCAGUGGCCGUUUCCAAAAGCACACAGUCAUGAUCGCGUAUAUUUUACUCGGUUUGCAUACGUACAAAGUAUGGUGUAUAUACUUGUCGCACUCGGGGCCACGCGCAUAUCAUCAAGCGGUGAAAUCAACCACAGUCGGCUACCGACUGUCAAGCUUCCUUGUACUUUUGAGCCUGUUCUACAUGACUUUUGCGAUCAUGGCGACACACAACAACGGUAAAAUCAGUGCAGAUGACAUCAUCCAAGAACUUAACCUCUCACCGCACCCAGAAGGUGGAUUCUACAGGAGAACCUACCGCUCAGAAUUGAAAACUGAAGCAGGUCUUCCCCAAGGUUCAGCCAUUUACUAUCUGGUGACGGCGGAGAGAGGGUCUGCUUGGCACAGGAUCCACGGCAGCGAUGAACUGUGGCACUUUUACGCGGGGGAUCCCGUGGAGGUCCGGACUGCGUCUCCAGACGGUAUCCUGCGGGACACUAGGGUGCUUGGUCCCGGUGUUUUACAGGGCCAACGCCCUCAGUUGUUGAUUCCUUCCAACCACUGGCAGUAUGGCAGGUGUUUGGGGGAAUGGACACUGUUUGGAUGCUCUGUCUGUCCAGGCUUUGACAUUGACAGUCUUGAAUUGGCGCCAAAAGGAUGGCAACCAAAAGUGGAGUAAUGCCUAUACUCAAGAUGUUCACAUUUGACGGAGGCGUAUCAUCACCAUAUUUACCUGACACUUCGCAAACUUCUUCAGACACUGCACACUGCACAGCAUCGUGCUGCAAGAAAUCAUCAGCGGGGCGCUUUGCAUCACAGGGCGUAGACUAGUUCCCAGUCCCUCCAUCAUUUACUCUUAUUUAAAUUCCAGUCAACUAUGCAUGCCCAGCUAGCUGCAGCAAAUUUUUAAUGAGUAUUGAAUGUACUUGUCUGGUCUUUUUCUUCAUUUAAUUUUUAAGAUAAUUAAAUUUUAGUGAAUUUGUACCUCUUGUUCUUUUUAACUUCAUCGUUUUGUUGUGACUAAUUUUUUAUUCAUGAAUUUUAAACUUGAGAUUUACUGCCAAGUUGAAAAGGAUUUUAAAAUUUACUAAUGGCCCGGCCUUAAAACAAAAUUAGUUUUAAGGCAUAAUUUAUGUAAUAUUUGAGGGUUUGGGAGAUCGAGGAAUUAAACAGCACGUCAAUAUCCUUGGAAAUAAUGAUCCUGUUCUAUUUUGUAACCAGCGGUGUUUUUUUUAUAUGAAAGAGGCCUCUAAAAUCAAAGCAUAUUAAAUAUACACUGUACUUGCCGCAAAGAAAUCAUCACAGAUUAAAGACAAGUAAACGAGCUUAAUCUGUCAAUAAACGGAAACCAGCCGAAGAUUGA